AUGACUGGGUUAGCCUCGAAAUGGGCCACGGAACCCACACUUGUGCAGCAGGCUGAGGCCCAAGACAAGAAGAAACCCACUAAACCAGCCACGGGAAAUCCACUGGAAUCAUCAGAAAAGCACCAAAUAACUUCUUCAGCUCCAGUGAGGAAGCCAUUGAUCAGCAAGUGGGCCGAUGCUGCUGUGGGUAGCAAAGAGGACGAGAGAAAAGAGUCACCAAAGAGCCCACGAGGUGAAGAGCGCCAUAGAAGAAAUAGCAAGAACAGAAGAAAUUCGGAAACUCGAAGAAAAGACGAAGUCAAUGGCCAAACGCUGCGAAACAGAGAGAAGAGAAAAGGACGUAAUGGCGGUUCCAAGCAUGAUGAGCCAAGAGAAAGACAGGAAAAACACACUACAUCAUCCGAGGAAAGCAGAACUCACCCAGUUACCAACGAAAUACUUCCUCCAAUGUCCAAAGCAGCUGCUAGUUUUGCACUGCGUUUAGGAGUUCCUACUGGUAGUGGAGCCCCUAAUGUAGACAACAAGUCCACUCCACCAGACAGCAAGUCCGUCAACGAUUCUGACGAGUAUGAAACAACAGACGAUUCCGACGACAACAGAAACGUAAAACAACCGAUGUCUAAGGCAGGUAUGAGUUUCGCAGCCAGACUCGCAAUUCCACCAAAAGCGAACAACUCCAAGAAUAUCAACAAAGACGUUAAGAAGGACCAAGCCAGGCCUAGCACACAGAAGUACAUGUCUCCCAAGCAACGCAGAGAGGCCGAAAAACUUGAACAGGAACAGCAACGCCGACAGGAACAGAAGCAGCGGGACGCUAAAUUGCAAGAAGAAGUUCGGGACAUGUUUUCGAAAAUGACGGCAUCAACAGCCAACUGGGCUGAUUUAGAGGACGAAUGA